CUCGAUUGCCUUCAUCACGAUUCAAUUAUUAUAAGAGCUAGUAACAGCACUUCUCACAUCGACAAAGGAAACAGAGAGGCAACGCAUCCAGCAAUAUUUACUCCAUGGUCCAAACAACCCUUUUGAACAUUUAUCUCAACCUGACAUUUACGAAUUCAACAUGCCAAAUCCAAUGAGCAAGUCAGAUAGCUCGCGAAUCCAGUCGACCCAGGCCAAAGGCGGGGGUGACAUGAGCUCAGGUGGUUUUGCAGCGCGGGCUCAAUCCGCUGGCGAUCGCUCAACGAGCUCCAACACAGGCGCAGCGUACUCGUCUUCUGGUUCAGCCCAGCAAGGCACCACCCGCUCGGGUGGCGGAUCUCAGCAGUCGGGUGCUGCAAAGAGAUGAGGAAGUGCAGCGAAGAGUGAAGGCGGGGUUCACGGAAUGUAGUACAUGGUGAUAUUUCAUGAUUUUGUCAUCGGGUACUUGGUCGUUUUUCACGAGAUUCGAGAC